AUGACAUCAGCAACAACAACAACAACAACAACAGCAUCUUCAGCAUUAUAUAAUAGGAAUUUGGAAACAUUUUCACUUGUUUGGCUUGAUAGUUCAAUAAAUGAUUCACAAGAUAAUCUUCAUACUCAACAACAAUUACGAACAAUAAUUAAUCAUUUACGAACAUUUGAUAAUAGUUAUGAUUGUGAACAUUAUAUUCGAUCUGUAUCAAAUCAUGAUCGUAUUGUUAUUAUUGUUAGUGGAUUAUCAGGUCGACAAUUAGUACCACGUAUACAUAAUCUUCGACAAGUUUGUUCAAUCUAUGUUUAUUGUAUGGAUAGAAAAACAAAUGCACAAUGGACUAAAAGCUUCACUAAAAUUCAAGCUGUUAUUAUUAAAUCCGAAGAUUUAGUAAAUCAAAUUCAACAUGAUCAGAUAAAACGUAUUAAAAAAAAAGAUGAUGAAGUUCUUCCAAUAAAUAUAUUUCAUACAGAUCAAGGUCAAUCAACAACGGGACUUAAUGGACAAUUUGUACAUUCACAAUUAUUAAUUGAUUGUUUACUUCGAAUGAAAUCAAGUAGAUAUGAAAAAAAUGAUCUUGUUUCUGUAUGUAGAGAAGAAUAUAAAGGUAAUCCACAUGAAUUAUCAAUAAUAAAUGAUUUUGAAAAAAAUUAUACAUCAUAUCGUGCAAUAUGGUGGUAUACAAGACAAUCAUUUCUAUAUCGUUUAUUAAAUAAAGCUUUACGAGUACAAAAUAUUGAUUUAAUUUAUUUAUUUCGUUUUUUUAUUCGUGAUUUAUAUCGACAAUUAUUAGAAUAUCAAUGUUCAUCAUCAAUAAAUGUUUAUCGUGGUCAAUUAAUGUUUCAUGAUGAACUUGAAGUAUUAAAAAAUUCAAUUGGAAAAUAUAUAUCAAUAAAUUCAUUUUUUUCAACAAGUCUUAAUCGUGAUUUAGCUUUAAUUUUUUCUCGAGAUUCUGAUCAAUGUGAAAAAGUUCUUUUUGAAAUUGAUGCUAAUCCACAAUUUAAUGAUGAAAAACCAUUUGCUAAUAUAAGUCAUUUUAGUUAUUUUCCCGAUGAAUCCGAAGUAUUAUUUAUGUUAGGAUCAAUAUUUCGACUUGUUAAUGUUUAUUGUAAUGAUGAUCGAUUAUGGAUUAUUCAUAUGACAUUAGCAAGUGGAAAUGAUUAUGAUUUAAAACCAAUACUUGAACAUAUGAAAAAUCAGCAUAGUCAAGAUAAAACUGAUCUUCUUUCAUUUGGUCAUGUUUUACGUGAUAUGGGUAAAUUUCGUGAAGCAGAAAAUUAUUAUCGUCGAUUACUUGAUCCAUUACCAACGGAUUCUCAAGAAUUAGGUCGAUGUUAUCAUGCACUUGGUAUAAUAGCUUAUGAAAAAGGUGAUUAUGAAUCAAGUUUAAAAUGGCAUGAAAAUGCACUUGAAAUUAAACUACGUUCAUUAAAAUCUGAUGAUCCACAUUUAGCAAAUAGUUAUAAUAGUAUUGGAACAAUAUAUGAAAAAAAACAAGAUUAUACACGUGCACUUCAAUCAUUUCAUAAAUCAUUAAUUAUACUUCAACAAGCAUUUGAUAAUGAUCAUCCAAAAGUUGCUGUUUGUUUAAAUAAUAUAGCUGGUAUAUAUCAAACAGAAAAAAAAUAUAAUGAAGCAUUAGAAUAUAAUCAAAAAGCUUUAAAUAUAAGAGAAAAACAUCUUCCAGCAGAUCAUCCUGAUUUAGGUGCAUCACAUAGUAAUAUAGGAAUAAUAUAUCGAUGUCUUGGUAAUUAUGAUUUAGCAUUAAAACAUCAUAAUCGAUCACUUGAUAUUCAUCGUAAAACAUUACCACCACAACAUCCACAAAUAGCAUCAACACUUAAUAAUCUUGGUCUUGUUUAUGAAGAUAAAGGUGAAUUUCAACAAGCAUUAAAAAAUUAUGAAAAAGCUGCUUUUAUUUAUCGUCGUGCAUUACCAUCAACACAUCCAAAUAUAAUUAAAACUGAGCAAUUUAUUCAACGUGUUUUAACGAAAAUGAAAUAA